AGCAGUCAGUAUCGAUUGAACAGCCGCGUAGCGCGUAGCUCAUCGAACCGAGGAAGCGACUGAGUGAGCAAGCGAGACGGAAAACGGCUAACUAAAACCGAGACGUUUAGAAGGAGACGGAGACGGAGGAGACAGAGACAGUGGUGUACGCCUGCCCGCCGCCCCCUCUUUGAAAUAAAUAGCGCUUGCCAGGCGACCACGCUACCAAACGGCAGAAGUCCGCUGAGAGCGACGCACCGCACCGCAGCGCAGGCCCCAAAAGCCGCUCGCCCCCCUUUCGCAAAAACCAACACAAAAACACACACACACACACCACCCCCUUGGACUAACUAAAAAAUAAAAAAUUAAAAAGGAGACUAUCCAAAAACAGCUGGAACCAGAAUAAAAAAAAAAACACGAACUCGGGCCAAAACAAAAGCAAAAGAAAUAACUGAAAUAAAUUAAUUUUAAAACAACGCGCGCGUUCUCCAAAAAGUGCCUUAAAUAAAAAGUAAACCCACCAAUAAAAAAUAUAUCGCGAAAAGAUCAAAAAGCGUGUUCGAUCAACACGCCAAAAUCUAAAACGUAAACUUGAAUAAAAGAAAUAAGCAAAAACAGGCUUAUUAUUUUUUUGAAAUACAUUUUUUUCAAGUGUUUACAAGAAAUUAAAAAAACAACAAAAAUUUAUGAAAAUAAUUAACAUAUUAAAAACAGCGCAAUAAGCAAAGAGAAGAAAUUAACAACGCAGUAAAACAAAAUAUCUAUAAAUCCAUAAAUACAAAAAAAAAAAAAAAAAAAAAGAAUACACCUUGUCUAAAAAAAAAUAAAAGAAAAACCAAAGCAAUCCAGAAGAAAACUCGAGGAGAACACAAAAUAAAAACAAAACACACAAAAGAGCAAAGAGAAGCGAAGAAAAGAAAAGAAAAGUGAAGGAAAAUGGCAACCAAACAGCCAAGAAAAGUUGCCCCCGAUGGCGGUUGGGGAUGGGUUGCCUGUUUUGGUGUUAGUUUGGUCAACCUGGCCACCCGAUCCAUAGAGCCUUCAUUUGGUCUGCUCUUCGGAGACACCCUCAAGGAGCUGCAGGUGGGAACCACGGGAGCGGCCAUCAUCAUCAGUGCCCUGGACGUGUGCAUGAACUUCUCGGGCCUGUUUGUGGGGCCUCUGCUAAAGGAGUUCUCCUACCGGAAGGUGGCCAUUGCGGGGUCACUGCUGUGCGGCCUGGGCCUGGCCCUGACCUCGCCGGCGACGAGUAUGGCCCAUAUCCUGAGCACCUACUCGGUGAUCAACGGCAUCGGAGUGGGUCUGUCCACGUCGGCGGCCUUUGUGGCGCUGAACCACUACUUCAAGCACAAACGCGGCCAGGCGGUGGGCCUGUCGAUGGCUGGGACGGCCAUGGGGAUGCUCAUUAUGCCGCAGCUGGUGAGGAUCCUGCUGGAGGCGUACGACUUCCGGGGGGCAGUACUGCUCCUGGCCGGCAUUGCGCUGAAUGCCACGGUGGGAUCGGUUCUGCUGCAGCCGGUGAAGUGGCACAUGAAGGAGGAGUUCGACGACGAGGAACUGAUGUGCAUCUCGGCCCUGCCCACGCCCCAGCCCCAGCUGACGAUCGGGGGAGGGGCAGGAGGAGGUGCACAGUCGGCGGUCGCUGCUCCGGAGUUCAAGGUGAUCAAGGAGGAUGGAAACGAAGAGGAUGCCCUGCCCGAGAUGAACACCCUGCUGUUCCAUAAGCACAAUCCACACCAGCACUCGAUCCGGAAGAACUACUCCGAAAUGGCCAUGAACACGAUGAACGGCUCCCGGCUGGGUCUGCCCAAGAGGCCGACCUUCCCGCGGAUCAUGUCUCUGGCUGGAGUCCAGUCCGCCGCUGGCGGCGAGUCCGGCGGGUAUCCCUCCCAGGCGGAGAUCAAUGCCACACAGCUGCGCUGCCGCAAGGCCUCUGUCACCUCGAACCUCUCCUACAUGGACUUCACCGGCUCGAUCCUCCAGGUCCACCUCAACACCGGCGACGUCGAGUUCGAGCAGAACGAUCGGGAACUGCGCCGUGUCGGCACCGCCACCGGCAGCAUCGUCCUUGGCGGACAUCGCGACAGCUUCAUCAAGAUGAAGCCCACGGAGCUGGACAAGCAGGCCGAGGCAGCCGCCGCCCUCGACGAGGCCGAGGCCAAGAAGAAGCAGAAGAAAGCCGGUUUCUGGAAGAGAUUCGCCGAUCUGCUGGACAUCGACAUGCUCAAGGACAAGAUGUUCCUGAACCUCCUCUUCGGCCUCUCCAUCUUCUACGUGGCGGAGAUGAACUUCAAGAUGGUCACGCCCUUCUUCUUCGCCAAUCUCGGCUACGAGAAGGCCGACGUAGCCUUCUGCCUCUCCAUCACCGCCAUCACGGACAUUGCCGCCCGUAUCGUCCUGCCGCCCAUCUUCGAUCGCACCACCAUCAAGAAGCGCACCAUCUUCCUUGUCUCCAUCAUUUUUGUGGCCCUGACACGAUCAAUUAUGGCUGAGCAAACGGAAUGGACUCAAUUGAUGGUUUGGCUCUCAAUUUGUGGUUUCUUUAGAGGAUCGGCGUUGAGCAACUUCACCCUGACUGUCUCGGAGUAUUGUUCCUUGGAAAAGCUGCCAUCAGCCUUUGGCUGGCAUUUGGUGGGCAAGGCCCUGUUUGUGAUCUCUUUUGGACCAUUGAUUGGUCUCAUUCGGGAUGUGACCGAUAGCUAUCCGAUUUGCAUACACACCCAAAGUGUGUGCAUUAUGAUGUGUGCCUUCGCCUGGGGCAUCGAGUACCUGGUGGAGUACAUCCAUUCCCGGCGUCGGACGGCGGAUGCUGCCCAGUUGCCCACCCAGGAUCAGGCAGGACCUGGAGCUGGAACGACAACACAGCAGCAGCAGGAUGUCAAACUGUAAAGGAUACUACGACUUUGAUGGGGAAAUCUAUCUACGAGACACACACACACACAAAAAAAAUGAAAAGUGGGCCACGAAAAUGUAUUAAAAACUCAAUUUAGUUAAAUCAUUUUUUUUUUUGCUCUUUAUUCAUUAAGUUUAAGCCUUAAGAUUUGGAGAGACAUUAAUUAAAUCACAGACGACGACAAAAACACACCCACACACUCCACAUCAUAACUAAAAAGUAAUAUUAAUUAUUCAAUUUUAAGUUAAUAUGUGCUUUUAAAUUUUUUGUUCUCUAUUUUUUGAUGUUCUCUAUUUUGUUUAUUGGUGAACUUGUAUGUGAUAGUUCAAAGAUAGUUUAUAAUUUAGUAAUAAAAACUUAAUAUAAAAACAAAAUAAAUAUUGAUCGGCUUUAAAAACAGUACCUUUAGUAACAACAAAAAAUAUAUACUACCUAUAUACAUAAUGAAAAAGAAAUAUAUAUAUAUAAACAAUUUAUAAAAAAAAAAGACCAAAUUGUAAGUGGUUUUUGGAAAGAGUGUGUACCAACUAUGAACUGAAUACAAAAAAUUCAACAGAUAUCCCAAGAAACGAACUUAAAAUCCCUCUAUAUUCAAAAUGCCAGAUAUAUACAUAAAUAUAUAUUUAAGACUUAUUUUUAAGGUAAAUUGUGUAAACGAAACAACUGCAACUAGAAACCCAACCGAUAAGCAAUACAAUGAAAAUUCUGUGGCAUAUUUUUGGGCUUGAAAGUAAAUCCAAAAAUUAAACUGAAAAAGUUGCCACUUGAUAAAAAAAAAAA